AUGCUGGACGACUUCUCGGCCACUUCAGUCAAAGACAAAAAACCCGCUGCUCCUUCCUCGACUGCCACCACUACUGCCUCAACUGCUGCUCAAUCCGAUCCACUUUCUUCUUCAGCACCCACACAACCGUCUACCGAGGAUGAUGAAUUCGCUCGUCAAUUACAAGCAGGCAUGGCCGAGCUGCUAGGAGGUCUUGGAGAUGAUCCCGAGAUGCAGAAACAAUUUCAAGACAUGAUGAAGGAGCUUAGUGCUGCCGCUGAACAGGAAGCUGCCGGCACGUCCACCCAAUCGACAGACGCCGCCUCCAAGCCCAAGACAACGCCAGCUCCUCCUACCUCUUCCUCAGCUGCCAAGCCCGCCUUUGCUUCAACCAUAGAAAAGACCAUGGAACGCAUGCAAGCUUCUGGUGAAUCUGCCUCUGCUGCUGCAGCGACCUCAUCUCAGGACGAUAUGCUGGCACAAAUGCUCAAGGACCUGGAAGCUGGCAAUUUCCCUUCCAUGGAUGGUGACCAAGGAGACUUCAAUUCCAUGCUCAUGGGCAUGAUGGAACAACUGGUCAACAAAGACAUCCUAUACGAACCUAUGAAAGAGUUACAUGACAACUUCCCCGAGUGGCUGGAAAAGAACAAGGAUUCCACGUCGAAACAAGACUUGGAACGCUACAAGACACAACAAUCUGUCGUCAAGGACAUCAUCGAGAGAUUUGAGAAGAAAGACUUUGAUGACGACAACAAAGAGGAUAGAGAAUACGUUGUGGAUAAGAUGCAGCAGAUGCAAGCAGCAGGAGCACCUCCGCCUGGACUGGUCGGCGACAUGAAUGCCGCCCAGGAUAUGCUUAGCGAAGCCGAUGGUUGCCCCCAGCAAUAA